CAUAAAAAAGUUCGUAACUUUUACGUUGAAUUGCCCCCCCACAUAGGAGUUCACAGAAAAAACGAACCGUGGAGUUGUUCAACUCGGAAAAAGCCACUAACCACCAUCUGGGCUUGAGUUUUUAUUUAUUUUUUUUACAUUAUUCAAGAAAAAUAUCUUGCUUUUCAGACCAUAAAGAAUACCCGUUUUGGAUCCAAGCAUAUUUGGGCGUAUUCUAACAGUUGAAGACUUGUAGUGAUCUUUAAGUCCCAUCCCCAUCUGUUCUUCUUGGAUCUAUCCGCCUCGUCAUUCUUGUGGAUUUUAAUAUAAGCACUUUUUAUUGCUGCGAGUCCUGCUACUUAAUCUACUAGCUCAGCCAUGAAAGUGGUAAUUGAUCUGUUGACAUAUUGGGUGUCAUAAAUCCUAGGAUAAAUUGUUACCUUGCCUGAUGGUUCUAAGUUUCUGCAAAUAUGACAUUCAGUAGAUUUGCAGAUAGUGUUUCUGCUGCAGUAAGUAGAUUGGCUGCCACAAAGUCUGCUACUGCUUCAUAUUUUCAACAAGGAUUGACGCCAUUGACUGGUUCUCCACGUGGUUCUGGUUUCUCCAGAUUUGGGAAAAAGAAGUUUUUGAGACUGUCCUCAUCCCUGCAAGAUUUCUCUGAAUAUAGUCAACUUGAUACUGAAGAUGGAAAUCUUAAUUCUGAAAUUAAUAGAAGUUCAAUCUACACCAAGCCUCUUUCUUCUUCACAGAGAGAAAAUGGCGGGGCAAGUUUUUCAAAGGAGAAGCCAAACCCCGGAACCCCUUCUACACAAAAGAAGUGGGUUCGAGUGAUCUUGGUCCUUUCGUGCUUGGUUUUUUUGGCAGUUCUUUUGAUUAUGGCACAAUUUUUUUAUUUUAAAUGGUCUAGAGCAUCACCCCAGUACUAUGUUAUUUUUGAUUGUGGUAGCACAGGGACACGGGCUUUUUUAUAUAGGGCAUCUGCUAAUCACAAAAAAGCAGGCGGCCUUCCAAUUUUGUUGAGUUCCCUUCCAGAAGCCCUUCCAAGUAAACCUAAUUCUCAGAGUGGGCGGGCUUACAAUCGAAUGGAGACUGAACCUGGAUUUGAUAAACUGGUGCAUAAUGUAUCAGGCUUGAGGGGAGCAAUAAAACCGCUAAUAAAAUGGGCAGAGAAACAAAUCCCUAAGCACGCACAUAAGACCACUUCUCUAUUCCUUUAUGCCACAGCAGGUGUGCGCAGGCUGCCAAGCGCCGACUCAGAGUGGCUUCUUAACAAUGCAUGGUUCAUUAUGAAGAAUUCAUCUUUUUUGUGCCGUAGAGAGUGGGUAAAAAUUAUCAGCGGGAUGGAGGAAGCAUAUUAUGGAUGGAUUGCUCUAAAUCUUCACAAAGGGGUUUUGGGGGCUAUACCUAAAAGGGAAACUUUUGGUGCACUUGACUUGGGUGGCUCCUCGUUGCAGGUUACAUUUGAGAGCGAGGAAGAUUUCCAUAACGAGACUAGUUUACAGCUCAGCAUCGGUCCUGUCAACCAUUAUCUAAAUGCCUAUUCAUUAUCAGGCUAUGGUCUGAAUGAUGCUUUUGAAAAGUCUGUGGUUCAUCUACUUAAGAGGACUCCAAAGAUUAGUUAUGCAGAUCUAGCAAGUGGAAAAAUUGUUAUCAAACAUCCAUGCUUGCAUUCCGGGUACAAAGAGAAGUACAGUUGCUCUCAGUGCACCUCCGCUAUCCAGAAUGUUGGCAGUCCCACAAUUGAAGAGAAGAAAAUUGGUAAAAGUGGAAAAUCUGGCGUAUCUGUACAACUAGUUGGUGCUCCAAAAUGGGAAGAGUGCAGUCGACUUGGAAAAAUUGCUGUGAAUCUGUCCGUAUGGUCCGAUCAGAGUCCAGGAAUUGAUUGUGAGAUGCAUCCUUGUGCUCUUCCAGAUAAUCUGCCUCGUCCUCAUGGCCAAUUUUAUGGAAUUUCUGGGUUUUAUGUUGUGUAUCGGUUUUUCAAUUUGACUUCUGAUGCUGCACUUGAUGAUGUGUUAGAGAAAGGCCGGGAAUUUUGUGAAAAACCUUGGGACACUGCAAAGAAGAGUGUUGCACCUCAGCCCUAUAUAGAACAGUAUUGCUUCAGGGCACCUUACAUUGUUUUUCUUUUGAGAGAGGGUUUACACAUAACAGAUAGCAAUGUAAUCAUUGGUUCUGGAAGUAUUACCUGGACACUAGGGGUUGCUCUUAUGGAAGCUGGAAAAGCAUUUACGACUAAAAUAGACUUUCAGAGUUAUGAAGUUCUGCGGAGAAUGAUUAAUCCAUCUAUUUUCUUUGCCAUUCUGUUCGCUUCUAUUUUUGUCUUCGCUUGUGCAUGGUUAUGUGUGAGCAAUUGGACUGUAAGAUUUUUUCGCAGGUCAUAUCUCCCCAUAUUUAGGCAGAACAAUAGCUCGAGCACUUCUAUACUCAAUAUUCCAGCUACUUUUCGGUUCCAACGAUGGAAUGCUAUGAAUUCAGGGGAUGGAAAAGUUAAAAUGCCUCUAAGUCCAGUUGCAAGUGGUCAAUAUAGGCCAUUUGGAUCCCCAUAUGACUUUGGUGGUGGUAUUGAGCUCACUGAAUCUUCCUUGUACUCAUCCUCGAGCAGUGUUGCACAUAGUUAUUCUUCAGGUAGCUUGGGGCAGAUGCAAUUUGACAGCGGUAGCAUGGGUUCCUUUUGGUCACCUCACAGAAGUCAGAUGCGUCUCCAAAGUAGGAGGUCACAAUCACGGGAAGACCUAAGUUCUUCGCUGGCUGAAGCUCAUUUAGGAAAGGCCUAAGCAACAUCUCUAAUUGAUAGAAUAUAUUUCAGGCUGAGCCUGUUCAUAAUCCAACCCAGAACUAAAGACCUUGUACAUUGAUAUAAAGUGCAUCUUGAUCCUUGCCAGAGUUUUACUUCACAGAUUGAUUUGCGACAAUGACCUUGGUCCCGAGCUAAGGUCGCAGAUGAGAAGUUAUUACAAAAGCUGAGACAACAAAUGUGAAAAUGACAGAGGAGAAUAUAUGUUAUGGGAAGACACCAAGGAAGGUGGUGGCCUUAUUCGGGUUAGUUUAGUUUGGCAUCUGAUUUCAACACGGCUGUUCAUGCCCUAGAAUGUUGAUACAGGAAGACUUCAGUUUUUAGUCUUUAUUACCCCAUUGUAUUUUAGGUUUUGCAGCCUUGCAAGAGAAUACUAGUGUGCAGAUUACAAUUUUAGUUAAAGUUAGGGAAGAUCAGCUGACUAGCCGUUGUCAGAACCCCGGACUCUCAUAAGGGUUGAAGCUAGAAUUGUGAUUGUUGCCUUUUGCAGAGCUGCAUAUCGUUCAAACCUGACUGCAAUGAGAUCAAAGCCCGUGCCCUCCGCCAAGAACCCAAAUUGAUGACAGUGGCCUAGAGAUUUUGAUGCAAUAACGUGAUAUUCCUUUUACUUUUCAUGAUUUACACUGAUAGGUGAUGGUAUAAAUUCUCUUCACAUAAAAGUUUAUAUCAUGUACGAUGGAGUUGAGGGGACGACAAAAACAUUACAUUACACAUGCUGUAUGGAAUAGAUUGUAAAUAUUUUUAUACUAAUAAAACAAGAACAAGCAACUCAAGA